AUGUCGUUGGCCAGCCGUAGCUAUACGCCCGAGCCAGAGUACGACUCCGGUGAUGAAGAUGCGCCGGUACAGAUCGACGGCUCAGGUAUUCCUGGCGUAGACGAUGAGGAGGAAGAGGAGCUAGAUCCAGAGGUCGCACGCCAGAGAGCAGAAGAGGCAGCACAGCUUGCAAAGGAGAAUGCAGAAGCGCUCGAGCACGUGCCUGAGCCAGUGAAAAAGUUCAUCACCCGCUUACAUGGGGCGAUAUCGAACGGCAAUAUACAAGAGAUGACGACAGCCUACGAGCGGACGUUCAACUACCUCUCGAAUGAGUACUACCAGAAAGAAGAGUGGCCAACCGGCGCGGUCAUCUCCUCGCUCGUCAAAGAUGAUCAGGUCUUCAUCACGCUCUACAAAGAACUCUACUUUCGCCAUCUCUACUCACGCUUCUCCUCUGAGGUCGACAUAGAUGAUCGAUUCGACUCUUACGAAAACUACUGCAAUCUCUUCAACUACAUUCUCAAUUCGGAUGGACCAGUCUCGAUCGAAUUACCGGUGCAAUGGCUUGCAGACAUCAUUGACGAGUUCAUCUGGCAAUUCGGUUCCUUUGCAGCCUGGCGCAACACGAAGAUCAACGAAAAGACAGAUGAUGAGGUUGCCCUGCUGGCCGAAAGCCCACAAGUCUGGUCCUGCUAUUCUGUCCUGAACGUCCUCUAUUCGCUCAUCCAGAAGAGCAAGAUACAAGAGCAGCUUCGAGCGCAGAAGAACAACCAGCUCGAAGAUCUAGAGUCAAUUGCAGGAGACUUCGGUGUGAGGCCCAUCUACCGCUAUCUCGGCAUCUUCAGCAUUCUCGGCUUGCUGCGUGUGCACGUCCUGCUGGGCGACUACACACUCGCUCUCAGGAUGCUAGACGAUAUCGACAUCAAGCAUAUCGUAUCUCCCAAUGUCGGCGAAAGGUUACACAACGUCAACUCGGCUCAUGUUGCAACUUUCUACUACAUCGGAUUUGCGUACAUGAUGCUGAGAAGAUACCAUGACGCUAUCGAGAACUUCUCACGAGGCGCACUGCAUUUCUUCAGAACCCGCAGAUUCACCCAUCAAGCCGACCAGGUGAGCAAGAUGGUCGAUCGCAUGAUCGGACUCAUUGCAGUCUGCACUUCGCUCGCACCCGUCAAAUUAGAAGAAAGGAUCCGCUCGGACGUACACGACAAAUACGGAGAACAGUCAGCGCGAAUGCUUCGAGGCGGCUCAGAAUCGCUCGAAGUCUUCGAAGAGCUCUGGCUGCGAGGAUCGCCAAAGUACCUCUCACCUGUAGCGCCGCCUUACGAAGAUAUGUCUCGCAUGCCAGACUAUGUCAACUCGAUCGCUGCCACCGAUCCCACUCAACAUCACCUCUCGCUCUUCCUUGCCGAUGUCAAGGCUUUGCUCGUCGUGCCCGAUCUGAGAAGCUUCCUCAAAUUAUAUACAUCGCUCGGUACAGCAAAGCUUGCCAACUUGACCGGCAAAACAGAAGACGAAGUUCUCAGCGAGUUGGCCGUCACCAAGGGCGCCUUCAAAACGCUAAAAUGGCACGAUGGCAUUGGCGAGGGCGGUCUGCUGGAUGGAGAGGAAGAGGUCGCUGGCGACAUCGGCUUUGGUAUCGAUGACAGCGUCGUCACUAUUGUCGAAUCAAAGAAAGCUCGAGCCUAUGCCGACUACUUCCUUCGAAGAGGUCAAAAGGCAAAAGAAUCGCUCGAGUAUAUUCGUUCGAGACCCUUGCCGCCGCCUGCUAAGCCAGAACCUACCUCUGCUCAGCAAACGCAGCCAAGCGCUACUACCGCCGCUUCUGUUGCAGCCGCUGCCCCCGUAAAGCAGAUGCGAUGGGGCGCUACUGUCAAAGCUGCUUGA